AUGGCUUCCGAGGAACCUCCGGCCUUCAACCUGACCGAGGUUGAUCGUCAAGUUCUCGCGCAGACCGACGAGGAGUUUGUGCUUCAUGACUGGGAGGAUCUCAAGUCCAUCAUCGCACGCAACGAUCUCGGCAUCCUAAAACGGAAACCCUCCGAUCUAACCCGCUACCUAUCCUGGUCACAUAAAACCAAGCAACAAUACGGCUCUAUCACAAACUACAUCUGCCAGAAGCGUCUAGGCUGGACUGCUACUAUCCCCUCUUCCCCAUCUUCCUCAUCCACUACCACCACCCCAUCCACAUCCACCCCAACUUCCUCCAUCACCACAAGCACAGAAACCAGCACCACCACCAGCACCUUCCCCUACAAAAACCCCAUCCCGUUCGCAGACCCAUCCGAUUACAAGAUCCUGCGCAACGACUGGCCCUACGGUCUCGCGCCGGGGAUCUCGCAUAUUGUAGUGUGGUUGCGGACCCCCGUGGCCGUUAAGGAAGAGAACGGGGACGUGACGGAUGAGUCGCGGGCGUUGAUCGAGGCGUUUGUGCAGAGGACGUUUGUGGAUGCGGUGGUGAGGGAUGAAGGGGUGAGUGAGGCGGAGGCGCGGGAUCGGGUGCUGUGGUUUAAGAACUGGGCGGCGUUGCAGAGUGUCAGGAGUUUGGAACAUGUUCAUGUUUUGGUGAGGGAUGUGUCGGAGAGGUUGUUGGUUGAGUGGACCGGGGAGGAGGGGGUUACGCGGUAA